AUGGGUGAUUUCAGUUCAUCCGAUUGUUCCUGGAAGAAAAUGGUGAUAGCGAAAGCAAACAACAAAUGGAGCUCUACCAUAAAAUUAGAUCACAGCAAAAUGAACGACCCGGUAAGCGGCAUAGACGUGAAUUCAAAGCAUCAAGAAAUGACUCUUGUAGAUGUCAAACAAGAGCAAGAAGACAGUUGUACAGACGAAAGUUGUGAAACAGAAAUGCCGAUAUCUAUGACACAAGAAGUGGAUCCGCUCGUGCUGUUACAGCCAGCUAAGCGAAGACGUCGAAAGUCAUCGGGAACACCUAAGUGUGAAUCUCCGGCAGGUAAAGCGUCGCGGCUAGCUAAGAUGUCAGCUUACGCUGCGCAUCGUCUAGCAAAUGAAACUCCAGAACAGCGCGCUAAUAGACUUAAACGCAUGUCAGACUAUGCGGCCAAACGACUAGCUGAUGAGACAAGUGAUCAAAGAGCCAAGCGUCUAUCUCGAAUGUCUGCAUAUGCUGCCAAGCGACUAGCUAAUGAAACUCCAGAACAAAGACAAGCCAGAUUGACAAGAAUGUCAGCAUAUGCAGCCAGGCGUCAGGCUAUGAAAAAAAUUGUAGAUGCUAGCUCUAUAGGGUCACCAGAAAAUUUGCAAGUGUAUAAUAAACAUAUGCCAAGCCAAAGCUGA